AUGGGACUAGGAAGAAAGAUCCCAAGAAGUUUCUCCAUGAAGACUUGGAUAAGUAGUACUGCUAAGUUAACUCUCCAAGUUCUUGGAACUGAUCUUAAUGGUGGAUGCAUGAAUCCAGCAGUGGUUAUGAGAUGGGCUUAUGCCGCGGUGAACAUACAACAACAUAGCAUUUACUUGUGUCAUUGCUUGGACCUGUGA